AUGUUCUCCUCAGUGCCCUUCCUCCAACCUCAGCUCAAUGCCUGCUCCAGUUCAGCUCUGCGUUGUGCGAGGAACUCACGGACACGUGUGUCACACCAGUGUCUCUCGUCGAGCUCGGCGACGACGACAGUCAUGACGUCCUCAGCGCCUCAUGUCCGUAGGAUGCACUCUUCGUCAGCACCCAACAUGCCAAAUGCUGGCCGGAAUACGUCCAAAGUGUCGUAUUCCUCGUACCGACAUCCGCAAACCUCAAAUAUGGGCGGCAGAGAGACAUGGAGCAGAUGCCGGUGGCCACCCCACCCGCACUUCUGGGCAAGGACACAGACGCGGGCUCUGCACGGAACGGCUGUUGUUCGACAUGGAGGUAUCGAUCGGCCAGUACCUGGAACAGGGAUCAAAGUGCACUUUAAGGACUCUACAGGGAAUUUGAUCAGGACUGUCGAGGCGAACGAGGGCGAUGAUAUCUUGAGUAUAGCGCAUGAGUACGAUAUCGACCUAGAGGGCGCCUGCGAAGGCUCUGUCGCGUGCUCGACGUGCCACGUCAUCCUCCCAGAGGAGUACUACGACCUCCUGCCCGAGCCAGAUGACGACGAGAACGACAUGCUCGACAUGGCGUUUGGGCUCACGGACACGAGCCGCCUGGGGUGUCAGGUGAAGCUGACGCGAGAGUUGGAUGGGAUAACGUGUACUCUUCCGUCGGCGACGCGGAAUAUGUUCGUGGAUGGGAAGAAGCCGACACCUCAUUAG